AUGUCUAACACUGAGGCCGCCAUUUCGUACGCCACUUUGAUUCUGGCUGACGCCGAUAUUGAGAUUACUGCCGACAAGCUGCUUGCUUUGGCCAAGUCCGCCAACGUUUCUAUUGAGCCUAUCUGGGCUGAGGUCUUCGCCAAAGCCACCGAGGGUCAGGACCUUAAGGAGCUCCUUUUCUCCUUUGGUGCUGCUGGUCCUGCCGCUGCUGCCGGCUCUGCUCCUGCUGCUGCCGGUGGUGACGCCGCUGCUCCCGCCGAGCAGGCUGCUUCCGAGGAGGAGGAGUCCGACGGUGACAUGGGCAUGGGUCUCUUUGACUAA